AUGGAUGGGGCACCUUUGCAGUCCCAAUUGAACACGAACUUCACCUUAUCGCCCAUUUAUUUCACGAUCUUCUUCUACGACUAUGUUUUGACUUUGGGCUCAGAAGUUCGCUACUUCUGGCCACCCCGAAAUCGCCUGACAUGGCCUUCCUUUUUAUUUUUUCUGAACCGUUACUUGUCACUUCUUGGUAACAUCCUGUUUGCCAUCGAGGAUUUCAUGAAUCCUGUCAAUUUCGCGUGCAUGUCGUUCAGCUGCCGAAAGUUACAGAAGGCGAACCAACCUUAUGUCUCUGUCACUCAGAUCGUCGUCUGCGUGCUCUGCAUCUUUCGCGUCUCGGCUAUGUACAAUCACCAUCGCGCAGUAUUGAGCACCCUUAUCUCCUAUGGCUGUCUGAUGUUGGCCAUAGCCAUGUGGAUUGUUAUAUCAGGAAGUGAAGGACUGCCACCGAUGUUGAUGGACCCAGGCGUACCCGGCUGCAAUACCAUGGUCACGGAAGCACAGGCUAAACAGUACCUCGUUCCUUGGGCCUUAGUCCUAGGAUUUGACGCGCUGGUCUUCGGGUUGACGCUCGUCAAAGCCUCCAAGAUCGGAUGGGAAUCCCCAACGCACCUGGCCAAUGUCCUUGCCCGCGACGGAACCAUGUGGGCUUGCUCAAUUCUCGCUGGUCAAUCGUCAGAUCAGUUCAGCUGGUCAACUCGGCGGUAA